AAAAGACCUGGUUUCGGUAGAGUCGGAGCAAGCACGCUAGCCAUCACUCGCCACACUACAUAAAAGGCUCGGUGCCUCGCGCCAUCUAGAUCCCGAAAACCAAUUGCACUUCUAACUUCACCAUUCCAAUAGCAAUCAAAUCGUGAACGUUUUACGUUACAAUAACAAGAAGAAAAAGCGAGAGAGACAGAUAGAGAGAGAGACAGCUAUGGCUGGCUCGUGGGCACGCCGUUCUCUGGUUGUUCUAGCCAUCAUUUCCUUCGGAUGUCUAUUUGCAAUUUCCAUUGCGAAAGAGGAAGCCACCAAGUUGGGGACGGUCAUCGGGAUUGAUCUUGGAACAACCUAUUCCUGUGUUGGUGUUUACAAGAAUGGCCAUGUUGAAAUCAUAGCCAAUGACCAAGGUAACCGUAUCACCCCCUCAUGGGUUGCUUUCACGGAUAGUGAGAGACUGAUUGGGGAGGCUGCAAAGAAUCAGGCAGCUGUCAACCCUGAAAGGACCAUCUUUGAUGUUAAGAGACUUAUUGGAAGAAAGUUUGAAGAUAAGGAAGUACAAAGGGACAUGAAGCUUGUUCCUUAUAAGAUUGUUAACAAGGAUGGAAAGCCUUACAUACAAGUAAAAAUUAAGGAUGGUGAGACCAAGGUGUUCAGCCCUGAGGAAAUCAGUGCCAUGGUUCUGGUUAAGAUGAAGGAAACUGCGGAAGCAUUCCUUGGGAAGAAAAUACAUGAUGCUGUGGUCACUGUCCCUGCAUACUUCAAUGAUGCUCAGAGGCAGGCCACCAAGGAUGCUGGUGUCAUUGCCGGUCUGAAUGUUGCUAGGAUUAUCAAUGAACCCACUGCUGCUGCCAUUGCAUAUGGAUUGGACAAGAAAGGUGGAGAGAAGAACAUUCUUGUCUUUGAUCUUGGCGGUGGGACAUUCGAUGUCAGUAUCUUGACAAUUGAUAAUGGUGUUUUCGAGGUUCUUGCUACAAAUGGAGAUACUCAUCUUGGAGGUGAGGACUUUGAUCAGAGAAUAAUGGAGUACUUCAUUAAAUUGAUCAAGAAAAAGCAUGGAAAGGAUAUUAGCAAGGACAACAGAGCUCUUGGCAAGCUGAGGAGAGAGAGUGAGCGUGCAAAGAGAGCUCUGAGCAGCCAGCACCAGGUCCGCGUGGAAAUUGAAUCACUUUUUGAUGGUGUUGAUUUCUCUGAGCCACUCACCCGAGCUCGGUUUGAGGAGUUGAACAACGACCUGUUCCGUAAGACAAUGGGACCUGUGAAGAAGGCAAUGGAAGAUGCUGGACUACAAAAGAAUCAAAUUGAUGAAAUUGUUCUUGUUGGUGGAAGCACAAGGAUUCCAAAGGUACAGCAGCUUUUGAAGGACUACUUUGACGGAAAGGAGCCAAACAAGGGUGUCAACCCCGAUGAAGCAGUUGCCUAUGGUGCAGCAGUGCAAGGAAGCAUUUUGAGUGGAGAGGGUGGUGAAGAAACCAAAGAUAUCCUUCUCCUUGAUGUGGCUCCCCUCACCCUUGGAAUUGAAACCGUUGGUGGAGUGAUGACAAAGUUGAUUCCUAGAAAUACUGUUAUCCCUACCAAGAAAUCUCAGGUUUUCACCACCUACCAGGAUCAGCAGACUACCGUCUCCAUUCAGGUGUUCGAAGGAGAAAGGAGUCUCACAAAGGAUUGCCGGCUGCUUGGGAAAUUUGAUCUGUCUGGCAUUCCACCUGCUCCAAGGGGUACUCCUCAAAUUGAAGUGACCUUCGAAGUCGAUGCCAAUGGCAUCCUAAAUGUUAAAGCAGAAGAUAAAGGCACUGGUAAAUCAGAAAAGAUCACCAUUACAAAUGAAAAGGGACGUCUUAGCCAGGAGGAAAUUGAGCGAAUGGUUCGUGAAGCAGAGGAGUUUGCCGAGGAAGACAAGAAAGUUAAGGAGAGGAUUGAUGCACGCAACAGUCUGGAAACUUACGUCUACAACAUGAAAAACCAGAUCAGCGACAAAGACAAGCUUGCUGACAAGUUGGAGUCUGAUGAAAAGGAGAAAAUUGAGACCGCAGUGAAAGAAGCAUUGGAAUGGCUGGAUGACAACCAGAGUGUGGAAAAAGAAGAAUAUGAGGAGAAGCUCAAAGAAGUUGAGGCCGUUUGUAAUCCAAUUAUCACUGCUGUUUAUCAAAGGUCGGGUGGUGCCCCAGGCGGUCCAUCAGGCGAGGGCGAGGACGAGGACGAUUCUCACGAUGAGCUCUAGAGAUGUUUGCAUGGAUUUCACCGGUGCCGCAAACGCAGGAGCUAGAUAUGUUGAGAUGAAGUAGGUUAGCCGGAGUAUGUUAAUUUUUCUGAUAGGUGGGAAUUAAGAAUUUCCCCUGCGCUUGCUUUUUGGUGGCAACAAUACUUGCAAAUUUACUUGUACUUUUUUUAUUUUUUGACUAGUUUUACAACUUCUUCAGCUGUAUUUGCCUGGUUUCACUCCCUUUCUCUUUCUUUUUUUUUUUUUUUGUGGUCCUGCACUUCCAUUCCAUAAUGCUCGUCUUGUCCGAGCGACUCUUUAGACUAGAGAGUAACGUUAGUUGUUCAAGGAAAAGUGUUAUAAAGCUCUAGCACGAACCGCUAACAUUAUGAAUUUGAUUUUAUUUAGUUGCGAUACACCCAUCACGAUAUUUGGUAAUCAAGUACUAUAAGCCUGAGCUCCUCGUGCAUCAUUAAUGCCCUUCAAGAUUGAUUGUCACUUGCUAUUUAAGUUGUAAAACAAUUGCUAAAAUUCACAUAUCCGAGUCUCAUAAAUUUUUCCUUUCUUUACCAAGUUCAUGUUCUUUCACUAUUUUUUCCAAAUUAACAUUUUUUUUCAACAAUUUUUUAAUACUUUUUUUCAACAAAUCUACUUUUACUUCUAACCUCACCGAGUUAUCUCUCUACUAUCUAAAUUUCAAAUAAAGAUGUCAAAAUAAAAAAUCGAUCUAAGCUAACCUGCAAAAGAUCAACUUGAUUUAGUUUGAAUUUGCUAUUACAUUUAAACUGAAUAAAAGCAAAUAGCAUAUUUUAAUGUUCAGCUUGAAUAUUUUUUGUUUUAAACUUAACCCAAACUUAAUCACGAAUAUCCCAAACAAUUUUGAACAGUAAUUUGUUUAUAUUUAAAAUAAUACAAUUUUAUAAUUACGCAAGUGUCACAUUACUUUAAAAUAAUACACAAGAAUAUCAAGCCACGAUAUCAUUUAUUUAGAAAAUGCAUAAAAAAUUAUCAGGUAAUACAUUGAAUUUUUUUACGUUUAUUUAUUUAUUUUUAAAUAUGAUAUUUUUUAAAAUAAUUGUUUUGCCAUACUUUCAAUUAAAAAAAAAUCGUCAUCUCUUUUUGCGUCAUCUUCCUAUUUCUAAUGCGGCAAACAUGAUUGAC